AUGCAAAACAAGCUCCCCUUCCACGUUAGAGCCACCGACGUCGUUCACAGAUUGGCGGUUGUUGGUAUCGUUGGUUUUUGCCUUGUCGGUAUCGGCGGGAUCUCUUUCAACAUCUUCGCCAACUCCGACUACGCUCCCUGGAACAAGAAGAAGCUUAAGUUUGAACCUGCUCAAUAUGAGGAUGCUAGAAAGCAAGAGGAAGCCGCCAACGCUACCGAAUCUACUUGA